UCUGUCUCCCAAGCCUCUGCCUCAGCAGAGCUAGCUGCAGCCAUGGCAGGAAUCUUGUGCUCUGUACUGAAGAGGACCCCAGGCCCACCACAGGCUGUAAGCAAAGGUGUGGAAUCACUUAUAUGUUCUGUUUGGAUUCGACACAAAUUUACCAAGUCAAGAAUUCCUGAUAAAGUGUUUCAGCCUUCACCAGCGGAUCAUGAAAAAUAUGGUGGGGAUCCCCAGCACCCACAUAAACUGCAUAUUGUCACCCGAAUCAAAAGCACAGUAAGACGGCCAUACUGGGAAAAAGAUACGAUCAAAAUGCUUGGAUUAGAAAAAGCACACACCCCUCAAGUACACAAGAAUAUCCCCUCCGUGAAUGCCAAACUGAAAGUGGUCAAACAUCUGAUACGGAUCCAGCCCCUGAAGCUGCCACAAGGGCUUCCAGCCGAGGAGGACAUGGCUAAUACGUGCCUCAAGAGCACUGGGGAACUGGUGCUGCACUGGCACCCCAAACACUGAUGAAAGAUGAAAGUCGGGCAUCCCUAAUAAAAGUCAUCUUAGUUUCGGUG